AUGGCGUCAGUAACUCCUGCAGCAGUUGCCGGCAAGCCCUCCUUUGCCAAGGUUGCGGCCAUGGCACCUCCGCCGAAAGUCGUCAGCGCCACAAAUGCUCAGACCAAGGCAACAGAAUCACAAAAAGACCCCGGCAUGAAUUUGCAACCUGAUAAUCCCGCGAAGGUGGUAUCUGGAACCACUCAAGUCUUCGCAAGCCAAGCUUCAGUCCUUUCCGAUGUAGAUGUGAUCGCAAAUGGCAUUGAGAAGUUGAAUGUCAGCCCGGAAGUGUCAUCAAACCAUUCGCCGAACGAGUCAAGCACAGACACGGUACCCAUUACCAAUAGCGCGGAGGACGAUCGCUCGCAUCUAUCAAGCUCAUCAACAAAACAAGCUAGCUUUGACACCAAAAGCAUGGCGUCUGAAAAUACCUUCGCAAUGGACGAGAAAGAGUCACUUCGUCCUGAUGACAGCGCAAGUGUUCAGGCAGCGGAUGAGGAUGAGCCAUUUUUCGUUCCUCCAGUAUUCGGCAGGGCUGAUCUUCAGAUGGCGCUGGAUGGUAAUAAUGUCAACUUGCGCAGGCCGCUGCAUGAUCGUACCAUUGCUUCUGGUCCCACUGGUCGACAAUUCCCCAUGACCAUAAUGGCGAACCCGCCUCGGUUUGGGGAUAUCAUGCCGGCUGCACCUCCGGGUCUUCAUCAACACAUGACGCCCCUUGACCCGUUUGCAACAAAACAGGAUGGUGUGGAGUCACUUCAGCAAUAUCCAGCAGGUCCAACUUCCCCAGAUGAGAAAAUCAUAGAAGCCUUGGGAACGCCAAAGGACCGAUUACUCCUCCUGCAGCUCGAGGAGAGGUUUCUUGCUUUCAUUGCACAAUCCAGAGAUGAUACGCUCCAUCUACCUCCACAGAACUCUUACGAGAGAUUGCUAGCCCAUAAACUGGCAGAUUACUAUAACUUGGUUCACUACAGUCCGCCUGACAGCAAUUCGAUCCGUCUGUGCAAGAAUAUGGAGUUCAAACUGCCUUUGCCGUUGAGUGAGCUUGUUCGUGGCAUCGUUGGCAGAGAUAGUCUCCCCACCGGUGCAGCAGCCGUCAAGAUAAUGCGACGUACAGCUUUGUCUGGAAACAAACUUUCCAACGAAGGAAGUACAGCUGCUAGCUCAUCUGUUCCCUCCAAAGCAACAUCCGAUGCAGGCGCGGAAAACACCAGUGAAGAAGGGAUGCCCUCUCCUCCGGACACGGCCUCAUCAAAGGAUCGAUCCAAGUGGACACGAGAAGAGAAAGAAGCACAUUACAAGGCUGCCCGGGAACGGAUCUUUCGCGAUUUCCAGGAAGCGCAACCCGCAGAGAACCUGAGUGCGGACGCUUCUACAAAUAUGUCGCGGUCGAGCUCAUCGAGUGGCAAGAAGAAAGGCCACAAGCAGAGAACGCCUAAAGACGACAGCUUUGAGGUUAGAUCUUCCUAUGUUCCUGGAUACGGGGGCAUGCCUUAUUCUACUCAGAAUCAGUAUGUUGAGUCGUACAGUGCCAGUGGCCAUCAGUCGCCUUAUGGAGCCCAGACGCCCAGUGCGGUGCCGACCAUGGCAUUCGGCGCAAAUGCUACCCCAGCAUACGGUCAAUACGAUCCGUCUGCUACGAUGUCGGGGACCAAUUAUGCUGCUGCAUACCCUAAUUACUGCGGUUCCAAUGAUGGAUGGUCUGGUUCACAAUCACCACAGCCAGGUGGUUAUUGCAACUUCGUUCAGCAGCCUGGGCCUAGCUAUCCUGCGUAUGGCUCUGCGGUAUCACCACCUGUCAAUCAAUAUCCGCCCAUUGCUUCGGCAACUUUUCCGGUGCCGAACCAGCAGUGGGGUCUGGUGCAAUAUUCGCAACCAUACCAAGCACAGCCACCCAUGCAGUUGUCCAUGGGGCAGAACGGUGCUCCGAUGUCAUGGACAAGUUGUCACCCGUACUCAAAUGCAGCCAGCCCUGGUAGUCCAUAUCAGUUUGCACCGGCUCCAUUUCAGCAAUAUUCGUCGACUACACCACCCCUCAACCAACAUCCUCUUCCUGGAAGCUACAGUCGUCCCGCUUUCAAUCCACAGACGCGCUCGUUUGUUCCAGGCGGUCCAAAUCAUCGCUUUGGAGGACAAGCUAGCCAUGGUCGAGCCACAAACUCGUACAUCAUUCCUCAAGGUAGCAACAGCACUCCUAACGCCGACAAUACCGAUGCCGCAGCGCGCGCCUCGUCAGCAGCAAAGACGGCUCAAGAAUCCCUCCAGAAGAAAUGGGGUACGCCUGCACAUCUACCCAAAAAGCCGCCGCCUUCUAAGGUGGAGAACACUUCGCCUCUUCCCUCUAAGACGUCAUUUACGCCACUAGCAUCUAGCGCUGUGAAGAGUAGUACACCCGUUGGACAAUAA